GCGCCUCUUCGUGGAUACAACGCAAACGUAGAGCUGUCAAAAUAAACAAUAAACAUGCAGCCUGAUUCCGAUACUCUAAAAAUAUAAAAUGGCAGAAGAUGUAGAUAAAAUAUACAUUAAAAUAUGUUUUUAUAAAUAGCGUCUGAUUGCGUACCGUUUUACGUAAGCGAUCGAGUCUACGUUGCUACUUUGAAGAAUCGCUAGCUCUUAGCAUUAGCCUACUACGGCAUGGAGCAAUCAGGCUUAAAAUAAAUCAUUAAUUUGGUGCCAUUUAAUGUUAUCUGUUCGUGUUGUGGCGUGGGGAGUGACACUCGCAUCUGUAGCCAAGACCAUGAGCAGUUUACUCGGAUCAACGUGCUCUGGAUCUAGGGGUUUGGGAUCAUCAUCAGGUACCCGGGACGCUGUGCGCCUGACAGCCCGCCAGGAGCUGCAGAGGCUGGGUGCAGUGCCUGGAUGUGACCCGAGCAGAACCAACGAGCUGCUGCUACUCCGAUCACAAACACAAGACAACAGCAGUGCAUCCAAACAUGUGGUGUUCUUCCAUGGGGAUAUUCAGAACUUUCAGGAGGAGAUGAGCCUUCACUCGGAUGCAGCUCAGUGGAUAGGCUGGUCCCUGGAGCAGGUGGGGCAGGUGCUGGGGCGUAGGUUUCCGGACAGUCACAUAUGGGUGGUCCGAGCCUCGAGGAUGUACCUGCACAAGUUCAGUUGCUACCAACACUUUGUGCAGUGCAACAUGUUCGGAGCGCCAGAGCAUUCAGCGUAUGCACCUGGGCAAGGCGCCUUCUGUCAUCUCAGAUCCCUGCUGAGUAAUGCCAUGAAUCGUGCCAGCCUGCCUCAUCCUCUUCCACCACCAGAGAGCGCUGACACCACCAUCCCACCCGGCUUCUCUCUGACUCUGGUGGGCUUCAGUAAGGGCUGUGUGGUCCUGAACCAGCUAGUGUACGAGCUCCCGGGGGCCCAGUCUGACCCUCUCAUGUCCAAGUUCGUGCAUUGUAUUUCGGACAUGUUUUGGCUGGAUGGAGGGCAUCCUGGAGGUAGCGAGACUUGGGUGACGAAUAAGGAAGUACUGAAAGAGCUAGCAUCUUCGGGGAUUUCGGUGCACGCCCACGUGACGCCCUACGAGGUAUGCGACCCAAUGAGGGCGUGGGUGGGGAGGGAGCAUGAGCUGUUUGUGAAAACGCUAGAGGAGUUUGGGGCCUGCCCCAGUAAGAAACUACACUUCGAAGAUGAGCCGCCCUCCAUCGAAAACCACUUCAGGGUUAUACAGGAGUUUUGAGUUAUUAUUAAAGCGAGUAGUGAAUGUAUUAAGUCUUAAGAGAGGGUAGAGAGGGGAGGUAGAGAGAGAGGGGGUUUUAGGAGGUAACAGCUUCUUAAUUAUGAAUCUUAAACCAGUGAUUCUUAAAAAAUAUAUUGUCUUUAUCAAAUUAUUAUGGAUCCAGUUUUUCAAUUUCAAAUUUCACUGUAUUUCAGAUUAUCUUCGUGUAAGUUCAGGCUAUAUCCCCUCAUAAUAUUUGGAAUAUUAAAAAGUUUAUGGGAAAAAUGAAUGGAAAAUGCAGGCAAUCAUUGUUGUGCUCCAUACUAGUGUACCAAAUCAAAACACACACCAAAUCAGUUAAGGCAAUCUACUGUGUUUCUACAGUAAUUAAAACACACUUUAAUUAUGUAAAAAUUAUGAUAUUGGAGUGCUGCACUGGAUCAGAAUUUACAGGUGCUCAUCAGACCAGAGGGCUAUUACUUCUUGUGGAGUAGAAAGAGGAUGGCAGAGGCACUCUUAUUUGCGGUGUAUUUAUUGAUGGUCAUGAGCGGGUUUCGACUACUUAUGAGUCUUUAUCAGGGCUGACAGAAUGAGCAGCAGGUGUGACUGUUUAUAGGGGCCAUGAACCCAAACACGUGAUCAUUAAAAACAAAAUAUCCAUAAACACUUACAUGUUGAAUUCAAGUAUAUUAACAACAUACCGUUCAAAACACAACAAAUUCUAUAUAAGUUGGAGUAUAGUCAACGAUACAUAUUUCCCUUAGGGUACACAGCACACUUCAUCAAGAAUUGUUUUAAGUUAACAUUGUCACAAGUAGAAAGCACCAGAAAUUUUGCAAGGAAGGUUAUUAAAACUUUAAUUAUGUAUUUUUCUUACAAAAAUGUGAAUAGAGCCACAUACUCAUACUGGCUCCUCUAUUGGUAUCUUUGUCUUGAAUCACUGGCUUAAGUAAAUGUCUGAGCUCUAAAAUGCAGCAAAGUGAUUUUAAACAUGAAUGAAAUCAUGUUGCAUCAAAUGUUUACAAGUGUUUAAACUAAUGCUUUGUUUUGACUGAAGCUACAUUAUUGUGUGAGUUGAGUUUACAUUGUUUUGCUCAAUACUCUGAGCAUGUUGAGGCUAAUUGCAAAUGGUUUGGCUGUCUGCUUAACUUCUAAAAUACAAUAAGUGUCAACCCCUAAUGGUAAAGAUGCUCACGCUAUCAUUCCUUAAGUUCCAAUUUCUGCACUUUUGGCUUGGUCCAAUGUUUUGUUAAUAAUAGUCGUUAAUAUUUUCCAAAGAAGUACAUCAGAGAAGUUGAAUGUACUUUCUUCCAAAAAUAAUUACAUGCCAAUAGUAUUUUUUAAUUGUCAAAAAAAAAGCCUUUAGAUACUUUAUUAUAAGAGUUUUCAGUACGCUCCUGUCUGCUCUUCCCAUUCAAGAUGGAGAACAUAAAGGUGUACUACGGAACUUUUACAUUUCCCUGCUCAUUUUCCAAAUAAUUUCCCUUGUGGAUCAAAAACGUUUGCCUAAGUCUAAGUCAUGAAGAUGUUAUUGCUUUGCCUGGAAUGUUCCACAGUAUGAACAUUAUUUCAUAAUUUUUCAGUUUUUACAACUAAAUCUUACUGUGAGCAGGGUCGCCUCUCUACAGAUCUGACCUGUAACCAGUGUUGGGGAGUAACAGAUUACAUGUACCGGGAUUACGUAAUCAGAAUACAAAUUAUGAGUAACUGUAUUCAGUUACAGUUACUGUUUCAGUGAGUGGUAAUUGGAUUACAGUUACUUCGUUGAAAUAAAUGGAUUACAUGGCGGUAUUUUCCGGUUUUCACAUUUUGGGCUAAACCAGGACUAAAACCAGGACUAAAAGCAGGACUAACCAGGUCUAAAACCAGGACUAAACCAGUAUUAAACCAGGUCUAAAAGAUGGACUAAACCAGGUCUAAAAGCAGGACUAAAACAGGACUAAUGCAGGACUAAAAUCAGGUCUAAAACCAGGACUAAACCAGAACUAAAUCAGGACUAAACCAGGCCUAAACUAGGUCUAAACAAUAUGACACCUAACAGUAGAGUGAACAUAAUUUAAGGCAGCAGUGAUCUCAUAUAGAAAUCAUUUCUCUAUCAAUAAUAUUUUUUAUAUGCUUAAGUAAAGACUGGGUUUUUUAUUUUCUUUUAGCAGACAAUUAUGUUAUGAUUUCCUGGUCUUUGCUUCUCUACAGCAAACAGUUGCUUAUUCAUGGAGACUUGGGCUCAACAGAGAAUUUGAAGAGAACAAGAAUUUUCAGGAUGUGGUUGGUACACUCAUGUAGUUUUAAAAAGCAUAACAAUAUCAAGUAAUCCAAAGUAAUCAAUUACAUUUCUCACUUUAAGUAAUUUAAUGGAUUACGUUACAAACUACAUUUUGGGGUAUAUAAUCUGUAAUCUGUAGGGGAAUACAUUUUAAAAGUCACCUUCCCAACACUGUCUGUAACUUGGUCUGGUAGCGCCUGCUUAUCUCCAUGCGGAACGUUUAAUAACAUAUUGUGAAAUAUUCCAGGCAAAGCUAUUAACAUCUCCAUGCAGACUAGCAAAUGAUUACAAUCCACCAGAAAAGUCGCUCAGUGCACUUUAAUAUGCAAAAAUAUACAAAUGUUAACAAAAUAUUGAACUGCUAGCAUGCUGCUGUUCUGUCUUCCAUCGCUAGCACUUACCCAAAGCUAAUAACUAUUCAAAAAUGAAAACAUAUGCUCUGUGUAGUGAAUCUGCCAGGUUUUUUGUUUUUAAACAAUUUGAGCGAGUUUGUAUAUUUUUCAGCAGAUUUAUUUCAUAUAAACUGUUUUGAUGUGAGCAUGUGAACCUUUUCAGGUGGUUUUCAGUGUGACUCAAACGUAUGUAGCAUCUUUGCACUUUAGCGCUGUAUCUGCUGAAUGUACUGCCGCAUCAUUCCCUCUUCAUGUUUACUAAGAGUCUGCCAUCUGCUGGAGGAUUUCUGAAUCGCAAUAAAUGACCAUGCACAUAAAA